AUGCCAGGCUGGGCACGUGUCUUUGAUCGGGUCUCCCCUUCCAAGAAGGCUAGGGUUAAAUUCGCACCUGAGGUUCCUAACGCCCUUCUAAGUGGAUGGCCCAGGGUUGAGAACAGACCAAACGGCAACCCUAUACACGGUCUGCGUCAGUUCCUGCCAAACUUGUUAAGCAUCAGCCAUCCACAGCAGGAUCGGACCUAUACACCUAACUUCACGUCAGAACUUCCGAUCCUAUCAGAUCCAAACCCACUGCCCCUAAAUACUUUACGAGGAACAAGAACGAUCCCAAAUAAUAAGCAUAAGAAAACCCAACUCCAGACGAACUCUCCGGCUCACCAGGCCUCCCUUAGGCGCUCUUUUGUCCCGUUCAUACUAAAGAGUCAAUUUGAAAAGGUAGGUUUCGCACACACCCCUAUAGCAGCGGGAUUAAUGUGCCCGAUUCAGAUUUUCCCCUUCUCCACGCCAGGAAUAAGGACGCCAACUAAAGUACUACCGGUUCAUGGGAGUAAAGUUACCGCUCCCUGCGAUUCUGGCUUUUAG